UUUGACAUUUGGUGUUUUCUUUUUCUUGUGAACGGAACCUGCCAACGCAUAAAAAUGGUUUUGCUUGACAAUUCAUCGUUUAUAAUACGUUUGCAGAAGCUUGCUAAUUCAGCGAAAAUAGAUUCCUCAUUCACUGUCACAUUUAAAAGAUAUAAUGGCCAUGAUAAACCAAAGCCCCGCGAAGGAAAACCUGCCUUACCCGAGCCCGAAGAAUACAUGUGUCUGGUAAGGGCUCAAUCAAAAUCGAAAAAGCUUUCGACGGUGGUUAAACAUGAGGAUGUUCCCAAAAUGAUGACCAUGUAUGCACAAUUCAUGAAAAGUAAUAUGGAUGGUUUAAAGCGUGUUAAAAAAGUUAAAAGUAAAGCCAAAGCCGCUAAGGGCUAAAAACACAACACAUAUUCGAUUCCCUCUGAUUACUUUAAACUAGCAUUUAACGUUAAUUUUUUUAAUAUUCUAAAGUCGUAUAAAACCAUGAAAUAAAUAAAACAAAGGGUAUUUGUUAAAAGAAUUUAAAAAAAUAUCACUAAAACAUAA